ACGAUUCCCACCAUCAUUUGUUGACUCGCAAACCGGAAGUGACGUGCUGCGGCGAUUCGCGCUUAGGAGAGCCGCUCUUUCAUCGGUUCACGUGAUGCUUUAGUAAUUCUCAGUGCGUGUGUGUCGUGUUUGUUUGUUUGCUUGCUGUGAUGGAUCAGUGUGCAGUAGAUGAGUUGUACGAGGCGUUCGCUGUACUGGCCGGAAGUGACCCCGAUCACUGCUCUUAUCCAAAGGGCUACAUGAAGAGGCAGGCUGUGUUUGCGUGUAACACGUGUGUUCAGGCUGGUAUGGAGCCGGCUGGUGUGUGUCUGGCCUGUGCAAACACGUGUCAUGAUGGACACGACAUCUGUGAACUUUACACCAAAAGGAAUUUUCGAUGUGAUUGUGGCAAUGAGAAAUUUGAUGGCUUCAAAUGCAAGCUUGAUACUGACAAAGAAGGACAGAAUGUGAAGAACUGGUACAAUCACAACUACUUGGGACGCUACUGCUCGUGUGACAGACCGUAUCCUGAUGAAGACGACCAGGUUAAUGAAGAAAUGAUCCAGUGUAUCGUGUGCGAAGACUGGUUCCACGAGAAGCAUCUGCAGGCUCCAGCGGUGGACUGUGAGGCGCUGAUGGAGAUGAUCUGCGGUCGCUGUAUGACUCGAGCGCCGUUCCUCCAGACGUAUGCGGCUCAUUUUGCAGUUUCUCCUGUGAAGAAAGAAAGCCUUUGUAAAGAGCAAACGAAUGCUGAUAUGAUGACAGAAGAAAAGGGAAAAUGUUCGUACGGUCAGCAGGAAGAAACGACGGCUGGAGCCGCAGGCCGCACGUCCAGCCCGGAUUCAGUGCCGGCUCACUCCAGAGUCACCGAAUGUGUUUUAAAUGAGCUCAAGGCCAAAGACGCGGCGAGCGCGAGGGCCGGUGCUGUGUUCUGGCCUUAUUUCUGGAGAGCAAAACUCUGCACAUGUACCGACUGCAAGAGGAUUUGUUCUAGAAGUGCCUUUGCUUUUAAAAUGAAAUGUGGACUUGUUUUCUUGUGUCUAGAGUUCAAUGACUUGAAACACGAGCUGCGUGAGUUUCUUCAACAAUCUGCAAACCAGAGAAAGGACGUCACUCCUGAGGCUUUCCAUGAGUUUUUGGAGGAACUGCAAACAAGAAAGAAGAGGCGGUUGAACUGAACCCAUCAACGUCAGAGAGUAUUAUGAAACUUAUCCUUAGGGUGGAUCCUCUUUAAUAAAGUCUCAGAGCAAAA